UGAGAGCACAUUUGGCAAUACAAAUAUACAUUUGUCUCAUGGAAAAUAAACAUUUCAUAUUAUUGGGAUUGGUGCGAUGGACCCAGUUUGAUUGACACUGACAUCGUCCAAUAAAAAUACGAAGUUUCCCCUUAGACAAGCAAUAGGAGCGGUGCAUCGUGAACAGGGUGGGAACAACUCUGAGAGCUAGCUCUGAGGGAAGCUAGCUAGCUGUUUCCAAAAAGCCAUAUGAUAACAGCCAGCAAGCCAAGUUGUGAAAGGUUAUCUCAGCAAGCUAGGGUUUUUUGGGGUCCUAGCUAGCCACCAUCCAUCUCCACGGGCGUUUCAAAUACCCCUUUUUCGGUAUAAUAUGGUAAUUUCAUCAAGCGAAAAAGGACAGGUACGGCCGAUCAGCUACUAAGUUCGCAGGUCAUCAGAGGAGCAUCACAACUUUGAAGUUGACAGCUUUGAUGCAGUACAGGUCCAGAGGUCCAAGAUGACGGAAGAGGUGAUUGUCAUCGCCAAGUUUGACUACCUGGCUCAGCAGGACCAGGAGUUGGACAUUAAGAAGAACGAGCGGCUGUGGUUGUUGGACGACAGUAAGUCCUGGUGGAGGGUCCGCAACGCCAUCAACAAGACCGGCUUCGUACCCUCCAACUAUGUCGAGAGGAAGAACAGCGCCAGGAAGGCAUCCAUCGUCAAGAACCUCAAAGACACACUAGGCAUUGGGAAGGUGAAACGGAAAACGGGGACGCGUGACGCUGCCUCCAACGCCGACGCCGACAUGUACUCCGACAACGGCGAGCGCCUGUACGACCUCAACCUGCCGGCGCUCGUCAAGUUCAGCUACACCGCCGAGCGGGAGGACGAGCUCUCAUUGGUCAAGGGCACGCAUGUCAUCGUCAUGGAGAAGUGUAGCGACGGCUGGUGGCGUGGGGGGUACCAGGGGCGUUCCGGGUGGUUCCCUUCCAACUACGUAACGGAGGACGCAGAUGGGACAGCGUGGGGAGGAGGGGGUGAAAGUUUGGGGGACCCAGUAGGGUCGCUGACGGCGAAGCUAGCAGCAGUGAUUCACAGUGCGUCUAACGGGAACCGGGUACUCCACACGGUGCAGGCGCUGUACCCCUUCAGCUCGGGGAACGACGAGGAGCUGAACUUUGAGAAGGGAGAGGUGAUGGAGGUGGUAGAGAAACCAGACAACGACCCUGAGUGGUGGAAGUGUCGUAAAGCAGACGGGCAGCUGGGACUAGUGCCUAAGAACUACGUCACUGUGCUGCCUCCCCAGCAGGACUCCACUACCCAGAAUGCCUCACCGGGCCCCGCGGGCCCGCCCACGCCUGACUGUGACUACAUCUCUCCAGCCACGGUGGGGCGGUUUGCGGGGAAGCAGUGGUACUAUGGCAAGGUGACGCGUCAUCAGGCAGAGGUGGCUCUCAACCAGAGAGCAGAGGAGGGAGACUUCCUCAUCAGAGACUCUGAGUCAUCGCCCAAUGAUUUCUCCAUCUCUCUGAAGGCCCAGGGGAAGAACAAGCAUUUCAAGGUUCAGCUGAAGGAUGGUCUGUACUGCAUUGGCCAGAGGAAGUUCAGUACCCUGGAGGACUUGGUGGAACACUACAAGAAGGCUCCCAUCUUCACCAGCGAGCAGGGAGACAAGCUCUACCUGGUUAAAGCCCUGGCCGCCUCUUGAUCACACACUUAAACACACAGGUGAACACACACACACACACACACACACUGACAUACACACACACACACACACACACACACACACACACACACACACACAGAGACAAACGUACAGUCACACUCAAAGACUGGAGACUUCACAUCACCAGGACUUCUUAUGUGCCAGGAGACGUGAGCAUUCUGUCAGACCUGCAGGUGGAUUCUGUCAGACCUGCAGGUGGAUUCUGUCAGACCUGGAGGUGGAUUCUGUCAGACCUGGAGAUGGAUUCUGUCAGA